GAGCAGGAUAUGCAGUUUGCAAUUUGCAUGCAUGUUUGAUGAACACGGACAGCAGUUGGAGUGUCCAAGUCUCCCUUUAGGACCCGCACCUUCCACUGAGCCAGCACAAGUAAAUCCGCCGUCGCCAGUGUCACCAUCUUUUUCGCGAAAUGUUCGUCCAGAAGUGGUCGUUGUCGUUGCGCGGUUAUAUGAGGAGAACGGCAACGAGUACUUGUUGGCGGACCAGCAUGAACUAUAUCACGAGGAGGUGGUGGUGAGUUCGAGUGGUGGUGCUGUGCGAGGCGUGCGGCUCCCAGCGACGGCAGCAGCAGGCGAGCGUCAGGCACGAGGCGACCGCGGUGCUCGAGUCUCCGCCUCCUCAUCGUGGUGGCGCGGCGACCACCUUGUACAAGUAUGUGUGAUAGACGAUGAUGUGCCUGAGGAUUUGCGCAAUAGGACUUUGAUAGGGACACUCUAG